AUGGGCAUGGAUUGUGAGUUCGAUGGUCGUAAACGCGAGUCCCAAAUCAUUAUGACAGCUGGACGCCGAAUUGUGCGUAAGUCACUUUAUAGUACCAGCAAACGUCUGCAUCAUCUGCGGAACGCUCCCUUUUCACUACGCCCAGCCAAAAGACUAAAUCAGUGCACUCGAAGACAGACAGAGUUUAAAACCUCCUAUGCGUUUGUCACAUGCGAAUUGUCUUUGAACGAAAGUCACUGUUUGGAAAAGUGAAGGGGAUUUUCCAAAUCCCACCGGAAUGCAUAGCCGUGGAGGUCAUAUGUAGAAAUCGACGCAAUCCGUUUAGCUGCCUUCUCCCCCGUUACAGUCCCCGAUUGCUGCACUAGACGGUAAAAUCGACGCAAUCCGUGUAGAUGGACCCCUUUUAGUCCUCGAUAGUUCCACUAGCCUGGUGGUUCAGUGGGACUUCAUACUGCAUAUAUGGAGUAGAUGCGUUAAAGACACAUGAUGCCAAAGCUUCUAUAAGAACCAUUGUCAUUUCGUCCACAUUUUUAAAACUGGUCGGCUUUUCGGGUCAACAGUUCGCUUGUGCGCCGUGUGUGAUGAGUUACCGGACUAAUUUGACUUUGACAAUUUAGUCCCGUUUUCUGUGCCCGCAUUGCUUGCUUGAAUGUGACGGAAAACAAAACCCCCUUACAGCCCACCUUGCUGGCCUACGUUGUUUUCGCGGUCUGUUGUCAGGUUACGUAACGCUCAAAAUCUCUAUAUUAUUCACUGCUCUGUUUUACUUGCUGCCUUUAAGGCUAGGGGCUCGUGAUACAUAACUCGUUAGUUAGUAAGAACAGUAUCUUCAUCGUCAUUGGUGACUCCCGACGUUAACGCAGACUUUAUACCUUUCUGUCAUACUGAAUAUCAUUUAACGUACUACUUGUUUGUGAAAUUCUAUUCCAUUUACGCCUACCUUUCUCACGAUUUCUGAUAUUUUGCCAUCUUUGUCUUAUUAUGUCUGAGUCCAACCAUCAGCCGGAUACCUCCGCCCAGUCCCUUCCUGCAAUCAAUUUUACCUUGUCUGAAUUCUGGCAACACGCUCCAGAACUUCACGUCAUCCGCAUAGAAUCAGCCUUUUUAUUCUUCCAACGUUACCACGGAACUGGCAAAAUACCACAAACUUGUGGAGGUUCUCCCCGCUAGCGUCAUCUCUCAAGUUCAAUCCUUGCUAUAAAAUCUUCCUGCAGAUGCUCCCUACCCCACGUUAAAAGCAGAAAUUCUUCGACUUAAUUCUGUGUCCGACCGACAGCGGUAUCACCAGUUACUUAAGGAGGAGUCAAUGGGCGAGCGGAAGCCCUCAGAACUUCUGCGUCGAAUGCGUUCUCUACUUGGAGACAUGCAGGUUGACGAUAAAUUCGUCAAGAUGUUUCUAUAGCGUCUGACUAAAGAUGUUCAAACGAUCCUGGCGUCCGGGUUUCAAGAUCUAACGGUAUCACAGUUGGCUGAGAUGGCAAUUCGAAUGAUAGAGGUGCAGCGGUUCCAGUCACCUUCCGAUGCGCAGAUCUCCUCAUCAUCAUCGUCAGUGAAUGAGAAGUUAAUGAGGCAGGUGUCGGCCAUUGAGGAUGAGCUGGUCUCCCUUAAAAUACAGCUCGCCCGCCUUAAUUCCAGUCGCUCACGCAGCCGUCGUCGUUCCCGUUCGCAACCGCGGACUGCCGAAACUUGUUGGUACCACACUAAUUGCGGCGGAAAUGCCCGUCGAUGUUCCUCGCCUUGUUUUUUUAAGCCAAAACAGGGAAACCAUUCAGACAGAGAAUAGAUGUGGCCGUUUUCUCCGGCUCUUUCGGCCCUGGUCGCACCUUCUAUGUUUGCGACACUGUGACUCGCAGACGUUUCUUGGUGGACACUGGAGCCCAAAUCAGCGAUGUUCCCCCAAUUGCAGCUGAUCGUCGUUUCCCUAGCUAUGGUCUACACCUCUAAGCUGCCAAAUGUUCCCCCAUUCUCACUUUUGGCAGUCUAUCCCUCACCCUGAACAUUGGCCUUCACGGUCAUUCAACUGGAUCUUUGUGAUUGCUGAUAUCCCUCAUGCAAUCCUCGACUCGGACUUUCUUGCCGAGUUCGACCUCCAUGUUGACUGCCGACGUGCCCGUCUCCUCGACCGCACAACCGGUCUGUUUCUUUGUAGAUUAACUCUCUUUACUUCCCCCACCAACUUAUUCGUCUUCGAUACGGAUAUUGUUAGCCCCUUUCGGCAACAGCUUCUUAGUCACCCCAAAAUAAUUAACCCCCAGUUUCGCAGUGGUGGGAUUCAACAUGAUGUUGUGGUGCAUACCCGCACCUCAGGUCCUCCUGUGUUUGCUCAGUCGCGACGACCAGCACCGGAGUGUUUUCAGGACGCGAAAGCCGGGUUUAAACAUAUACUGUGAGUGGGAAUAAUUCGACCGUCCUAGAGCCUUUGUACGUCCCCACUGCACGUGGUGCCCAAGGCGACAUCAGGCGACUGGCCACCCUGUGGCGACUAUAGAACCCUCAACAGCGCUACCAUUCCUGAUCGGUACCCCGUGCCUCAUUUUCAGGACUUUGCUGGAGCCCUUUUCGGCAAAGCGGUUUUCUCGAAGAUUGAUCUGGUGCGUACUUUUCAUCAGACUCCAGUCGCCCCUAAGGACAUCCCUAAAACCGCCGUCAUCACACCCGUCGGUCUCUUUGAGUUAAUCCGCAUGCCGUUUCGUCUUCGUAAUGCCGCCCAAACGUUUCAGAGGUUCAUCGACGUGGCCUAACCUUUGUGAACGCCUACACUUAUGACCUCUUGAUUUCCAGCCGGAAUGAGGAAGAACACAAAGAGCAUCUUGCCUUGGUGUUUGACCGACUUGACAAGUUUGGCCUUGUCAUCAACCCCUCCAAGUGCGUGUUGGAUGUGCCUUCGCUCGAGUUCCUCGGCCAUCAGGUUGACUCUAAAGGUUUGCGUUCCCUCCUCUUCAAGGUUGAAGCAGUUGGUAAUUUCCCUUCCAAGCGACAGUUGCAACGAUUCCUCGGCAUGGUCAAUUUUAAACGCCAAUUCCUACCGAACUGUGCUGACCUCAUGUUGCCGCUCACCAACAUGCUUUCUGGUCCCAAAGGUCCACUCGAGCUGACUUGUGAAGCACUGACUGCUUUUGAGAGAAUCAAGAAUUCGCUUGCCGAUGCCACCUAACUCACGGAUCCCGCUCCCGAAGCUCAGCUGUCUCUGAUGGUAGAUGCUUCGACCGAAGCCGUAGGUGCAGUCCUUCAACAACACCUUGCUGGUUCGACUCAACCACUAGCCUUUUUCUCCAAAAAAGCUCUUACCAGCUGAGACACGCUACAGUACCUUUGGCCGUGAACUACUUGCCAUGUACCUGACGGUGAAGCAUUUCCGGUAUUUCCUUGAAGGUCGAGACUUCACUGUCCUCACUGACCACAAACCGUUGACUUUUGCACAUCGUUCCCACUCCGACAAAUACAAUCCGAGUGAAAACGCCCACCUGAAUUACAUCUCCCAAUUCACCACCGACAUUCGCCGCAUUGAUGGCACGAAGAAUGAGGUGGCUGAUAUGCUGUCCAGACCCUCACUGUCUUCCCUCCAACUCUCACGCGGGACCGAUCUUUGUGACAUGGCGGCUGAGCAACAGCAAGUCGGUUGUCCUGGCAACGAGUCUGUUAGUGGUCUCUAA